GCCCGGCGGCAGCGGCUGUGCGCGGGUGGAGGGAGGAGGAUGCGCCCAGCCCCUGAGUCAGCGCCCAGAGUCAGACUGGCAGCUGCAGAGCGCGGGCGCCCGGGCCGCGUGCGCCAGGGCGCCUCCUAGGGCAGCUGGAGGGAGCGCACGGGGGGCGCAUCAUCCUGGCAGCCCGAGGCGGAGGGCUCAGAGCUAACGUACCUCGGGCGCUUCCCUGGGAUGGCCGGGCACAGGGAGAGCGCCCCGCCGGAGGUCUCCUAGGAGCAGCGGGGAGCGCCCACGCGGGGCGCCUCCUAGGGGUGUCCCAGCGAAGGGAGGGCGCUCACCGCAGGCCCGUCUCAUUUGGCUGGGGAAGUGCAAGGAAGCGCCCGGCCCUCGCCGCGGGACCAGAGGGCGCGCAACUGGAGGCGCCUCCUGGGGCGCAGGGAGCUGCCGUCGCGGGCACCUCCUCCUGCUCCUGGCCGGCUGGAGCUGGGCAGCCGCCCCCGAGAUGUUCACCCGGGCUGUGAGCAGGCUCAGCAGGAAGCGGCCGCCGUCAGAGAUAAAUGACAGUGAUGGCAAACCAGGCAGCAGCCAACAAACCCUAAAAGGAACCUCAAGAUGGACUACGUCACUAGAGAACCUCCUAGAAGAUCCAGAAGGAGUGAAACGAUUUAGGGAAUUUUUAAAGAAAGAAUUUAGUGAAGAAAAUGUUUUGUUCUGGUUAGCAUGUGAAGAAUUUAAGAAAAUGCAAGACAAGAAACAGAUGCAAGAAAAAGCUAAAGAAAUUUACAUGACUUUCCUGUCCAGUAAAGCUUCCUGCCAAGUCAAUGUUGAAGGGCAAUCCCGUUUGAAUGAGACAAUAUUGGAAGAACCUCACCCACUAAUGUUUCAAAAGCUGCAGGAUCAGAUAUUCAAUCUCAUGAAGUACGACAGCUACAGCCGCUUCUUAAAGUCAGACAUAUUUUUAAAACAUAAGAGGGCCGAGGAACAAGAAGAGAAUUCAUCGGAAGCUCAAUCCGUAGCUAAAAGAGCUUCAAGGAUUUACAACACAUGAUCCAAAGAAACCCAUUCAGACAAGCAACAAAAAAUAACCUAACUCUCAGGAACAGUCUUUGGGUCUAUAACUGUUGCAUUUAAGGCUUGAAAAGCACAAAACCCUUUUAGGGGAUAUUUACCUUCUUAAUUGCUUGAACAACUAAUUGUUUUUGCAUGAUGGCUAAUACCAAACACUCUUGAAAAGACCAUUUCCUAGGCUAAAAUGCUGAGGUAUCCGUAUGUAGCAUGAAUUACAUCCCAUAUUUCACAAAUUAAAAUGUUUUCCAAUCACUGUAUUUUGUGAGGCAUCACGAACAUGAGAAAUGGAAAAUAGGGUUGCUUUUGCCUUCUGAUUUUAUAGCUAUCCUGUAUGUACGUUUGUGAAUUGUUGUGAGCCAAUGGAGAGUAGCAUUUCCGAUAGCUCUGUGGAUGAGUCAUACAAUGAUUAUCAUUAGGGGGCAGUAUCAUGUAGGGUUACUCCUAAUAAAACCCAGUUUCAGUCCUUCCAAACGUAAAUCUCUUCUUUGAAACUAAUCUGUCUGUGAGACUUUGAAAGGCAAUUUCAAUUUUGACUUUGGGAAGUGUGGGUUUGCCUUUAUUAUUGAAGCAGAAGGCUUGUUUUUUUUAGUCAGGAUUUUCAUGACCGUAUUUCUUUGAUUUCACAAUGUUUCCCACAACAGCCAAUCAGCUUCUUCAGAUGACAGAGGCUAAUCGCCAGCUUUGACAGAAACAACAUGUCAACUUUAGAAACACAAUAAAACCUCUUGUGUUUUCAUAGCACCUAAACUAUAAUGGAACAAAAGCAUCAAAAUAGGAAGGAUCCCUUCAAAGCACUCAAAAAGCUAGAGGAGAACUGAUACCUGUUGCCCACUUCUGGGCAUCACAUCUUCAGGUGGGCUCAGCACUUCAGCCGCUAGCACACUUAUUCUGAAGUCACAUGCAAGUACUAGUAAGCAUUAGGUCUUCCCCAGUCUUCCUGAGGAAUUGUGCCUUGGCUGCCAGGAGUCCUUCUGCAGAGGCACAAAACAACAGUUUUCAUUUUCAGUCUGGCUUUGCUGAAAUCGAUUGGUCACAUACUACCUGAUUUUGUUUUCCCCCAAGAAGUGUUUCAGGGUUUCCUAUGCACAGAUGUUGGGAAGUCCAACAGAACUAUGAAUUCGCAUUGUGAUUUUAGCCAUUCCCACUCCAUGCUUGAGAUGAAGGGCAGUUUAUGUCUGCCCUGAGAAGAUCAAUGUGCAAUGAUGAAAUGUUAGGAUAAUAAAGGAAAAUGCUGGUGGAAAUCUCCACCAAAGAGUUCUCUUUGUCUGCCUGGAACAGUUUUGGAACUGAAAAGCAUUUUGGCAUAAAUGUUUAAUGUGUUUAUAUUUUUUGAAUUCAUUAAUUCAAUGCCAAACUACGGUACUAAAUUGCCGUUUAGAAUUGGGAGAACAUAUUGACUGGCAUGUUUUAUUUACAAGCUUUGCCAUGUGUAGUCUAGCUCUGACUCACAUUGACUCACUAUUUACUCUUUUUGUGUGUUAGUGCAGGCUUUUCUUGAGCUUGUGUUUAUGGGCUGUCUAAUCAGAUUGCACAAAUAGCUUUUGAUUAUUUUAAAAUUCUUUUUCUCAGGAAGGUCAGUUAUAUAUUAUAUACUACUGUUGCUAUCAACAUCUUAAAAGCCAGGGCUAGGUUGUAAUUUUCUAGGAGGAAAACUCUCUAUAUAGCCUUCUGACAUACGACACUGUCUUUCUCUAAACCACCUUUACAGCCUAUGUCUAAAGAAAAUGGCUGCUUAAUCUCCCACUUAAUCCAUUCAUAUAAUGAUAGUGGGAGUUCUGAAAACUUAUCAAGGGAUAAAGAGAUUUGUUAGUUUUUAGGGAAUUGAGCAGGAGGGCAGUCUUUCAAUUUGCACUUUCUGAGCUGUAGGUCAGAUGCACUGAGUACAUUUUCCCAUCAUAUCUACAAAGGAGAAAAUGGCAGAACCAAAGGUUUAGGACCAUGAUUCAUCAGUUUUCAGUGGGACGUGGGCACAUGCUGAAAGUAAAGCACGUAUUUAAAUGCUUUGUUGAAUAAGAAUGUACUUAAGCACAUGCUUAAAUGCUUGGCUGCAUUGGGGACUGGGUGAGUAGUUAUAAUCCCCCUCUGCAGCCAGUUGUUAUCAUACUAGAUCUUCUAAUUAAAAUAAUUUUUGGUUAUGUAACCACUACAUCCUACCCCCAAAAGAACACAGGGUGAAAUCUUGGCCCACUGACCUCAGUGGAGCCAAGAUGUCACCCACAAUCUACUUCUAAGGUCAUAUAUAUCAGUUUAUUUUUGUUUGACAGGACUUACUUAAACUUUUCAGUUUAUGCAAAAAUAUUUUUUAAACUUCGAUGGAAUGAGCUGGGCUUCCCAUGCUGAAAUCAUUGGCCAGAUUCAGCAUGUUCAUGAUUAGAAAGUGCAUUUUAUUCUUAAUCUUUUAGAGGAAGGGUGGCAUUGGAUGAAAUUUAGCUUUUGUCCAAAUGUUUGCCUAUCAAAUCUUUUGAGUGAUGGGCCCAAACCAAGCCCCUGGAACUCAGGAAAGAUGAAAUCUGCCAACAUUUAGAGUUUGGACUUUGGUUUAUAAUUCUCGUUAUUAUUAUUAUUUACAUUAGAGUAGUGCUGAAAGGUCCCAAGUUGGGGGAACCCCUCCCAUCAUGCUAAGUGGUACACAGUCCCUGCCCCAAGAGCUUGCAGUCUGAAAGACAAGACAGAUAAGUAAUAAUAGACAACAAACAAGCUGCAUUGGGUUAGUGCUGCAUAUCACUUACCAUAUUAAUUUUGUAACAUGUACAGAUCCCUUCUAUACAGUAAGAGGCUGAUACAAAUUGCAUGGAUCUAAAACAAUGUAAAUUUCCAUUUGCAUAAAACCUUAAUUCGAACAGUGACUGCAAGCUUCACAUCUCCAUCCCAAUUCUCUAAGUGACAUAGUCUGAAAUACAUGGGAAUCAUAAGAGCUAACUCUUUCCAAAACUCCCAAUGGCUACCCUCACAUAUGUUUCUGAACUAAAAUGAGACUCAUUUACAAAUAAGCAAGAGCUGUGUGUUGAUACUUGUUUGAUGUUUUAAAUACCAGUUAGGUAGGAGGAUGCUGCAGUGUAAGAUGUGCCCCUCUGCCCAUUUUCUAGAUUCAGGCCUUCGGAGCCUGUGUCCUCUCACUUUCCCAUCACCAACAUUUCUGGUGCCUAGAUACUACUGUGAUGGGGACAUUUUAGAUUUGCAGAUAGCUAGAUUGGGACUCACUUCAGAGGUAGUGAAUACUUUUCAUUAAAUAGCAAUAGGGGUCACUGAUGAACCCCACGAGGCACUUCUUGCACCUCACCUUCUUUGUCUCUGUUCCUUUCCUUGAUUCCACUGCAUUCCUCCUGCAUCCUUUUGUUUCAAACACAGUACCUGGCUACCACAUUAAACUGGUGAAUUGGAGGUGAGAGGCAGGGACCAUUUUGUUUGUUAUGUGCUUGUAAAGCAACUAGCAUGAUGGGACCUUGUCCAUAACUGGGACGCCUCUGUGCUACAGUAAUACUACUAAUAAUUAAUACAAUGUCUUGACAGCAGGUUCAGGAAUUUUCAUUGUUGCAGCAUAGAAACUAUAACGAUUUUAUUAAGAUAAAGUCUAAGAGCCUUUAAAUCAGAGGUGGGCAAACUACGACCUGUGGGCCACAUCCGGCCCAUGGGACCGUCCUGAUGGGCCCCAAGCUUCUGGCCCGGGAGGCUAGCCCUUGGCUCCUCCCCUGCUGUCCCUCCUCCCCCACAGCCUCAGCUCGCUCGCUCUGUCGUCGGCGCAAUACUCUGGACGGCGGGGCUGUGAGCUCCUGGGGCAGCGCAGCUGCAGAGCCCGGCCUGACCCCGUGCUCUGAGCUGCGGCGUGGCGGCAGCGGCGUGGCUGGCUCCAGCCGGGCGGUACGGCUGUAGCGCUGCCAGCCACUGGUG